AUGGAAAACACACAGAAUCGCAUACAAAACAUGACCAGGAAGCAUAUACUGAGAAGAGAAGAACAAGCGAGAACCCCGACAGCUUCGCCUACCGUCGGCAUAUGGAUCGACGGCGCCGCCCAGCAAAUAAAGCCAGCCAAGACCACACCGUCGAGCCUCCCGACUAUCAAGCAUCAGGAGUCCCUCCAAACGGUGGGCGACGUGGGUACAGUCUUGACACCAGACAGAAUAUACCAGGAUAUGAGUGUGUUGAGAAACGGAGUUCUAAACCUAGAGUCUACGGAGACCGGCACAGAGAACGAGGGAAGUCACAGUGUGAGCGCUCAAGCAGUGACCACGAACGACAUACCGAAUUCCACGAUGAAAGACGCCGACUCAAAGGAUCAAUCUGCCUACACACACAUCACCAUCACUACUGGCUCUUUCCGAUUGAAAGCCGGGGCGCCGUCAAAGCACUACGACGCGCUGGUAGCAAAAGAGCUCGAGAAACCAACAGGAUCCUACCCAGAGAACAAGUUGAGCGAUUCAUCGAAGACCGCGGACACGCAAACAGCUACACCGAAAGAUACCACUCUCGCGGUAUCGGUAAAUUACCAACCGGGCGCCAAACAGCAUACUAUGAAAACCACGCGGGCCGCAAAUCGGCUGCAACUGCGCCAGAAAAAGGCCGACGACGACAGCGAGAGCACCGAGCCGAAGCCGUCCAAAGCCAACCAGAGUCAGACAGACUCUCACCCGGCGCCAAAGGUGAUGCUGAAAGUAGCAUACAUAGAAGAGCGAAAGAAAAAGAGAGGAACAGCUGCGCUGAGUGCCCUGACAAGAACGAAGCCCAAUCACUGCGGUGGAUGCAGCGAAUGUCUACGAAUUCCCGGAAGCUUUCCGGCGCAUCUCAUCGAAGACGGCGCCAUCGCGCCUCGUUCCGCUAAGGCAAGAGCUGUACAAGCAAAGCAGAUGGCCCAGGCCGCCACCGUAUUCGACUGCACUCUUGGGCCUUUUGUAGCAGUGGCGGAGAUAUACUGCAAAGUGGUCUGGCCAGUUUUUGAUCCUUACUCUACACUUUGGGAGAGACACGCCAAGAAACAGACUACAGCCUUGGACGUAGUUGUUCUGGUAUUGGCUGUCCCUGGUGCGAUAGUGGCCACAGCAUUGGCUGUAUGGGGUUUGCGCGAGACGAAGGUACUGGGAGGCUUCCUGUAUGGCGCAGUUAGGGUGUUUGGAGGUAACGUAAUGCCACUGUCCGGAUGGUGA